CUUACGGCUUUUCCGCGACGCCGAUCGGCUAAUUUGAUUGAUAUAGCUCUUUUGUGUAAGGCGCGGUAGCACUGGAAGAAAUGCUCAACAUCAAUAGGGUUCGUUUAUCAAGUGGUGGUGAUAAUUUAAAAUAUAGUGCGUGGGAUAAAUGUUAUAGUAUAUUAGGGCAUGCGAUUCAGAUGUUUAAGGAAACCUUCAAUUUCGACCAAAAGACGCAUUUUUGGCACAUGGCAUUUUAGCAAAACCAACCCACCGUCACUUAAGUCCUAACAGUUGGCAGAUAAGGGAAAUGUGUGUUUAUAGUUAAUUUAACUUAUGGGCUACAGUCGAAAUGAAAUGGAUUUAAAGUCCCAUUGUUCUGCUCCGAUUGUGGGUAAUGAACACAUUAGUCCCGAAAUGUUCUAGUUUGUGUCUACUCUUAUAUAGAAUUCCUUCUGCCAAGGGUUAUUUACGCGUACUCCAAUGUCUAGGCGGGAACAAGUUUUUUGUCCCAUCCAAACGACUAUAGGUUGUCCAUGGCUAGGCGCUAUAUAUUCUUGAAUCGCUGACACACGGAAGUGCCACGCCGGAGAAUGCAGAUGAACUGGGAUCAAACCAAGGGACCUCCUGGCUAGCGAGCCUACGUCUUACUUACUGGGCCAUCGCGGUUAAUCAAAGACAACCGUCCGGGUAAUAUAUGUUUAGAUGAGCAAUGCUUAAUUAAUGGGCAGUGUCCCAUUCGUGUGGUUGAAAAAUGUACAUGUCAAUAGUUUAAAUAUUCAUUUCGGGGCUACUCUAAUCGCAAUUCAAUUUUACGUAUAUUAUGUUCCCCACAACACAUUGAAACGAAACAAAUCUAAGGGUGAACCAUAUUUAAAAUACAUCAUAUGAACGUAUAUUUUACAAAAAGUAAACCGGAAACUUUAUUCCGUUACACAACACAUCAAUUGAAAUAGUCACAAAUAAAACACUAAACAUAAAAUUAAUUAAUCAGUUCAACUGUUGACAGGAUAAAGAUGAACGUCUUUGUUUUGGUCAUUGUAAGUUUAAUUUGGAUAGCUGGUAAGUUCAAUCAAUACUUAAUAUUAGUAUGCGUAAUUUAUACACUCUACCGAGUUACUGAAUUCAUCAAAUAUUGUUGGAAAGGGGUUCCGUCUUUUGCCAGUUUUGCUUAAUUAUUUUUUCCAGAACUAGUUUAAAAGGGGCUAAUUUGGGUUUUGUUUUGCGUGUGCAAAUCUGCAGCGUUUUAUUUUCUGGAAUACAUUUCAAUCUAGAAGCGAAACCUUCAACGAGAAUCUGAACACCUUUGAUUCCUUUUAAAUGAAAUGAAAUGGGGUUUAACGUCCUACUGUUCUGCUCCUAAACUGGGCUAAUGAAGACGGGACCUUUUUAAUAAAUAAGCACAUUUUGAUUGAAUGCAAGUUUCUUAAUGUACUACAUUUGCCAGUCAGUGAGUCAGUUAUUUCCUAAACCUGAGCUACAUGAUAGCGUACUAACAUAUAUAUCAUGUUUCUCAUUUUUUUGUGUACAUGAUUUAUAUUUUUAAUUAUUUAAUAUUCUGUGAUAUUUGGUUUUAUUUAUGUACAUUGCGUAUAGUGUAUCUCACAUUAUCCACGAUAUGAUAGCCCGAUAUGAGCUGACGUGCCAUAAAACUCCAUUACAUUCAUUCAUUUGAUUACAUUAGAUCUGGAAGGACGAAGGGUGCCAUAUCCACGCAACAAAUCUGUUAUUAUGGGCUGUAUGACUGAGUUAAUAUGGUCAUUAGAAGCGGACAAUUUGAACGUGAUCAUACGUAAGAAUAAUAACAUAACUAUUGAGGACGACUCGAAAUACAACAUUGGAGAAAGAUACACGAAAAAUGGACCAGUGACGGUACUAACGAUCUUAAAUACAACGCUUGACGAUACUGGGCUGUAUUCACGUCAUUUAGCGUUGACACCAAAACUGCAUCAAAAUGACAUACAUCUUUCAGUGCUGGACUUCAAAUGGAGAAAUGACAUAAAGCCUGUAAAAGUUAAAGUUGAAGAUGAUGUAAUGUUGAAAUGGGCGUACGACAAGAUAGAUUUAAGCUAUGAGAUUUUUGUAUAUAGAAAACUACCAGAUAGUACAAAGAGAUAUCUUUUGGUUGAUGCCAAUCUUGUGGGGAAUGGUAUUUGGAACAAUGCACAGAUGGACCCACGAAUUCAUUUUCAUAAAACGUCGAAUGGUUCCACAGAAUUCGUAGAGUUAACACUGCAAAAUAUAACUGAAAAUGAUAUGAGUUAUGUUUAUAUUAUUGAACUCGAUUUUGGGAAUUCCUGUUUUAUGAGGGAAGAAACGGUUAUUUUAAUAGAAGAACCUCGAUGGAGUUUUGAGAAAGAGAUUGAAGGUCAAAUGAAAGAAAAUGUGUCAUUAAACUGGAAAUAUUAUUAUAGCUACCCGUCAAAAUACAUUAAAUUUAAUCGAAGAGAUGACCAUAUGGAUUAUCAUAUACUAGGAUACUGGAAUGGAAAUAGGUUUUUUCGGGGUGUGGAUGUGGACAAAUUCAUAUUCAAAAGGAAUGUUGUAUUAGGCGGCGAAGAGAUAACCUUAACUAUACCAAAUACAGUAGCUGACGAUUUUAAUACUACAUAUGGUUGCAAUGUUACAUUUAGUAAUGGCCUGACGAGUUAUAAGGAGUUAAUAUUGAAGGAAGGACCUAGGGUGGAUGUACCUAACAUAUAUAUCAAGGGAGCAAUCGGUGACACUGUAAAAUUAAUAUUUGAAUAUUACUACAGAUUUCCAGCCACCAGAAUUAACGUGAUGCGUAACACUAGCUCGGAAAUAAACUUCAAAAAUGUGGGAUAUUGGACGGAAUCCGGGUAUAAUUCUGUAUUAGAUGACGACAGACUGAUCUUUCAAAAACAGGCAAUAUCAGAUGGAGGAAAGAUAUAUCUUGGUAUACUAGAUACAACUUCUACAGAUUAUAAUACAACCUAUAUAUUUAGUGUCCUUUUCGAAAAUCGACAACAUGUCUCGAUAGAGAUUCAUUUAAUUUUACAGACAGAGAGUGGGUCGUUGUUUGAGCUCAACCUGGUGCUGGUGACCGUGUUACCCAUAUUAGCCGUAUUGACAUGUGUCCUUGUAGGAUUGGGUAUUUAUGGUUAUAAACGUAAAGCUAAAAGAGUGGUAGAUACCAGCAGCCAUCCAACGAAUAAUAUGAGACAUUCCUACAUUUCACUAAACAGUGUUGUUAUAUUCCAUGCCAACCGUGAUUCUACUGCAACCAAUACUGAUUCUACUGCAACCAAUACUGAGUCUACUGCAUCUAACGACACAGAUGCAUAUGCUAAUCCUUACGAUCCAAUCAACAGAGAUGGUAUUGAUACCAGUAAAAACUUUUAUAUCCCACUACAGAAUCCUGAAACAAGUAACAUUGACCAAGGCGAUGAUGUCCAAGAAACAAAUAUUGAUAGCAAUUCCGUUACCAAUAUAGACGAUAUCCAGACAGGUGAUGAUGAUGGUGAUGUUGAUGAUGAUGAUGAUACAUCGACACAUGAAUCUAAUCCUUACGAUGCGCUGAACAAAUAUACCAUGAACAGUGAUGUAAACAGUUAUAUAUCGCUACCACCAUGUAUGAGAUCAGUAGAUGAUAUGAUAAUUGUGAAAAAAAGACCCUCAACCAUCUAGAUUAGAUUCUCACAUGUAAGGAUUCUCAAAGUAAAUCAAUUAGUAUGCAUUUAUUUGGACCAUGGUUAAAUAUACACAUUUGUUUAUCUAGAUGAAUUCUCAUUUCACAUUUAACACGCCAAAGAGUUAAUUCCCAGCUGAAUAGAGUCAGUUUACCACAUAAGGUUUUCAUGUAGUAGUGGCGCCUGAAUUCGAUAUUAUAAUUCUGAUGUUUAUUUCUUGUGUUUUUUGUUUGUCUUGUGCUGUGUUAUGUUUAAUAACUAGUAUAACUUAAACUCCGUGGCAAUAUGUGAUUAUGUAUGACUUAACCUGUCAUCUCUGUCUGUUGCGGACCAGUGGCCCCAUCCAUACUUAUUUUACAUAAUUGAUAUUCUGUUACGCUUUGAUUUUAAGUCAUUAAUUUAUGUUUACAUUAAGGACAUAUUAUUAUGUUAUACAGAAUGAAUGUUUAUCUGUAGCUUUUUUGUUGUAAAAAUAAAUUGUUAUUUUCAUUAUUGGUGGUGUACCGUUUUGUGUGGGUGGAGAUGGGGUGUAUUCUCGCGAGGGGGCGUAGGGGUGGGGUUUAAUUAUUGAUUUUUAAUAUAUAAUAUUUGUUUGCUAUGUAUCAAAUUGAUGUUUUGUUAUAUAGUUACAUGUAGUAUAUUUGUUUGCCUAUUGUUUUAAUAUGAAUCAUUCGUGUUGUAAGAUAUCUGCUGGUACAACCUAUUUGAUGUACAUCAUUAUUAUAUUAUUACAUUGCUAGUCAUAUGUUUUGUGCAAUAGCAAUCCAUCGGAUACCCUCAAUUUUGUUUAUUCGAAAUUAAUAUAUACAUACAUUUUUUUUAAAAUUUAAAUCGAUCAUUUGUUUAAAUAGUAGUUCUUUGUUUUUAAACUAAUAACUUAGUAUUGUUUUUAGUUGGUGCACAUUUAAUUAAAACUUGCAAAUAUU